CACUGAUGCACACUGAUAGGCAGCACUGACUGGCACUGAUAGGUGGCACUGAUUGGCAGCACUGAUAGGUGGCACUGAUUGGCAUUGGUAGGAGGCACUGACUGGCACUGAUGGGUGACACUGAAAGGCAGCUCAGGUGGGCACUGAUAUGUGGCACUGAUGGGCACUGACAUAAAGCACUGAUGGACACUGACAGGUGGCACUGCUGGGGCUACAUUGAUCAUCAGGGCACACUGAUCAUCAGUGCCCUGAUGAUCACUGUCAGCGUGAAGCUCGACAUGUGCCGAAACGGCAUUUCCCUGUUUACAUGUGAUCAGCUGUGAUUGGACA